AUGAGCUUCCAAAGUUUGUUUAUCAGCACACUCGACGAUUACACUCAACCACUUUCCUCUCCAAUAGCAAAGGACAUUCAAAUGCCCUCCCUCGAACAAUUUGAGAAGUUUGACCUGCCUCAAUUGAAAAACAUAUUUCUAGUGGAGCUACAAAAGAUGUCAGAGUCGGGUGAAAUUGGUCUUCCCUCGUUCAACUUUUUCAUGAAGACACUGGGAGAGGACAGAUGGUGUUUUCUCGUCAUUAAUUAUGUCACAUCAAGACAUAUUGAGGAACAACACCUUUUUGUACCUUUAUGCUACAACGCAAAGGAAUCUUUGACAACCACACAAAUGGAGAAUUUGAUUCCAAAGGUCAUCACAGACUUUAAACUACCAUUCUAUGGCAAUUCAUUUGUCGGAGUUGAAGGCAAUUUAGUUGAUGGAUUGUUUAGAGUCGACACGCAACUUCGAUGCUUUGGAAAAGCAUUUUUCAGACCACUUCUAACACCGCAAUGCUCAUCCAAAUUGUUUGGGUUUUAUAAAGAGAUGGUCACGUUCACGAAAAAGAUCAACACCCUAUUUGACAACAAAAACACCAUCGAAAAGGUUUUGGGAAAAAUCCCAAUUGUGAUCGACCCCAAAACAGGGUUUCUCAAGAAAUUUACGAUGGGGAAGUGGAUCCUUAAUUUCUCAAUUUUAGAAUUUAUUGUGUCACACCAAGAAGAGCUUCAAAAACGGUUGAAAACUUCACACAGUGACAUAUUUAUCAAUGUCACAAAUGUAUAUAAAGUUAUGUUGCCUGUGUUAAUUUGCCUCAAAGAACUGAAAGAAGUGGACCAUUUGAGUGAUGUCUUAUAUCAAAUAUUUACGAUGUGCAAACAAAUUCGGAUGCAAGAAUAUAUCGACGACCCUUUGAUUGAUGAUGUGAAAACAAUGUUAUUAAAAUUGGUAACUGUGUACGAGAGGAAUGUUCUUGCAGUUCAAAACAGUUAUUUUAAUAAGGUCUUGUUUUUUACCCCUCGAUUUAAAAACAUACAGAUAUAUGGAGAGGAAGAAAAUGCGAAAUUGAUGAAAUACUUAGAGAAAGAAAAUGUGAGUAAAAUGGAGUUGGACUUGUACAUGAGCUUAAAAGUCCCAACAAAGAAGCCUGCGGAGUUUUGGAGAGCACAUGUUUUAGACUUACCAAAAUUGUGUGGGUUGGCAAAGAACUAUUAUAGUGUGAAAGCAAGGUGUCGCAUCAAGAAGGAUUGUAUGAAAACGGUGAGUGAGAUGUGUGAACGUAAAGUGCCAUAUGAUGUCAUUAAAAAUAUAGUUGUUGUUAGGAACAAUGUGAAUGUCAUCCGAAACGUAUUGGUUCAAAGAAAAACAGACAACGACUUCAGAAAAGUGUGUGAAUUUUGCGAUUCGGAAAAUGAAACCCCCGUCGCAGUGGCAUUACCAAACAUUAAAGAAGAGUUUCUGGAUACCGAAUCUUCUAAACAACAAUACGCCGAUCCAGAACUUCAAUCACCAUAUAUGAAACCAUCACAAACCUUUCCACAAUUUGACUAUAACAACCCAUACGCUUACUCGUAUUAUCCACAACCAGACACAAAUCCACAGUCCAGCAACCAACAAAGUGAACCACUCGCUUAUCCACAACAAACAACACAACACAUACAAACACCGUAUUAA